AUGGCUACCAAGGUUAUUCCAUCCUCGUUUCGCCGCUGGCAAUACACAUCCACAGCAGGUGGCCUUGAGAACAACUUGACACUGCAAAGGGUUCCUAUGCUUCAGCCCCAGCCCGGCCAGCAUCUGGUCCGGAUUCUUGCUGCUAGUCUUAAUCCAGCUGACUACAGACUUUCUGAAAUUCAACUCCUCCAUAGAAUGGUCUUUCCCAAACCUGCAUCUCCUGGAAAUGACUUUGCGGGCUACAUCGUCAAGCCUGCACCAGAUUCAACGCUCAGGCCGGGUCAGCUCGUGUUUGGAUGCGCCGGGACGGUGUUCAUGUAUGGAGGAGCCAUGUCAGAAUAUGGAAUCGCGCUUGUCGAUAACACAGUGCCUAUACCGACAGGGUUGUCCGUCGCCAAUGCCGCCGGCAUCCCCAUAGCUGGGCUCACUGCUUAUCAAUCUAUCUUACCACACUCCAAGCCGGGCUCGCGAGUCCUUUUGAUUGGCGGAUCUGGAGGAGUGGGAAGUUUCGGUAUCCAGAUUGCCAAAUGCCAGGGACGCCAUGUGACUGUGACGUGCUCUACUGCCAAUAUCACGCAUUGCAAAUCUCUGGGUGCCGACGAGGUCAUCGAUUACAAGGAAAACAACGUGUUGCAGGCACUCAAAGACUCGCCGCAAAAGUACGACCUUGUCGUAGACUACAUUGGUAACGACCACAGUCUGUUCUGGGAAGCAGACAAAUAUACGAGUCCGCAUGCGAAAUUCGUCACAGUAGCAGCAAGUCACCACUGGAGCUUUGUACGGUAUAUUUUGGCAGCUGAAUACAUGCCAACAUACCUGAGCGGUGCAAAAAGACAGCAUCUAACUGUCUUCGCCAAACCGGAUCGUGGACACCUCUUGCAGAUCGCCCAGUGGAUGGUGGAGGGCAAGGUAAAGCCUGUCAUCGACUCAAAGUACAAGUUUGAAGAUUUGAGGGAAGCCUAUCAAAGAUUGAAGACGUGCAGAGCCAGGGGAAAGCUGAUUCUCGAGAUUGCCCCAGAUGGAGAGCAUGCAGCAUGGAAGAAACAUUGA